UACUCAAUAAUUGCUUUUUUCCGAUUACGGCACACGUGCCGACUGCCGACAGCUUAUUAUUUGUCAUAUUUUUAAACAUAUUUCUGUUUUGCAGAACAAGUUGCAACAUAAAGCCUGGCUUUGAAGAAAAUUAAAUCCUUGUAAGCUUUUUAAACUACAAACGUAAAUUAGAUUUUGUACAUGGAGAUGGUGUCUGAGACUAAGCAAAAUGGAAGUGACGCACCAACAGAGGUGUUGCCAGCGCUGGCUGAGAAGCCAGCCGGCCUGCCCCCAGGCAACUAUACUUUGGUUGGUUGGGACAUGGACACAACUGGACGUAGGCUAAUUGAUGAGAUAUGUCAAUUAGCAGCAUACACACCAAAACAAACAUACUCGCAAUACAUAAUGCCAUAUGGUGACCUCAACCCUGGUGCGAGAAGGAGACACAAUGUACGAGUUGUGACAGUUGGCAGGUAUCGCAUGCUUAAGGAUACUGUUACUCAUAAGAUACUUAAAACCAAGUCUGAAAUAUCAGCUUUGUCAGAUUUCUUGGAAUGGCUGGAGAAGGAGAAAGGUGAUGGAAGUAUUAUUCUCAUAUACCAUGAGCCUAGAAGACUUAGUCCCACAAUGCUUUUAGAAGCACUCUCACGCCAUAACUUUUUGGAUCGGUUCAAGAAAAUAGUGGCUGGUUUUGCAGACAGCUAUGCUCUUGCGGCAGAAAAAUGCAAAUCUACAGUAAAGUCUGUGUCUCUCCGAGUGUUAGCUCGAGUACUUCUGGAUGCCGAUACACUCUCAGUGGACAGUGCACUUGAUAGAGCAACUGCUGCUUAUAGAAUUGUGGAACAUUUAUCUCAAAGUGAACAGCAAGAAGUGGGAGGUGCUGGUGAAGGUUCCACAGCCAGCAAAGACAUGGUAGAGACAGCAUGCGCAUGGGCUCGACCAGUGCAUACAGAACUAGAGGUCUUAGACAAUCUCAAGAAACUUUUAGAAAGACAGAACACUUUUCGACCGAUAUUUGCUCCACUUCUGCAUCUAGCUCGGCCUGAACGUAGACGCGUCACUCACCUCCGGCGCAUGCUCGCUGAUGCUGGGCUGCUCUACGAACACCUGCAGCAGGCCUGGGAGGAGCAACGUUUGACUGGCUUGGAGAAACAAUUAGCAGCUCUGUCAACUAAAGCCAAAGAAGAAGAUAUGAAAGAGUUGAUAGAAAUCUUAGACUGCCACUUUGACCCAGCCAAAGAACCGAAGGGACUCAAGCCUAGAAUUAACAACAAAAACAGGGCGGUAGGCGAGGGCGAGGAAGGCGCAGGAGACGGUGAAGGGAGCAGCAGCAACUCUCAAACACCGGAACACAAUUCUCCCGCCAAGACUAACAAUGUAACAUCAAAUGAUGAAGGCCAGGAGGUAGCUGCUAACUAACUAUUGUCUGCGAUAUAGCUUAUUAUCACAUUACUAUUAUUUAGUGUUCGGCCAUAGAAUGUGAGAAAAACCAUUUAUUCAUAUUAUACAAGUAGGUGUAAGCCCUCAGAGGAAGAAAUAUUAAUUAUGUUUUGUGUGCACUGGUCAACAACUCACAACAGUUUAUUUAUUUUUAUUUAACUCUUAAAAUAAAACUAAUAUCGCUUUCUAAUCUGUUAUAGAAUUGAGUGCCUUAGCAACUCAGGAUGUAAGAUAUAACGUUUUUAUAAUUGUGGGCUGACUAAUAUUUGUUGGGCUGACAAAAGUGGUACAAUGUAUACUGCUAGUAGCUAAAAAGAGCGCAUAAUAGAGAAUUUGUAAUUAAUGUUGAUCAACAUUAGUAGUUAAAAUUUAGUUACAUUUAAUUGUAGUUAAAAUAUUUUUGUUGUUGUGAUAUAACUGACACUGUAGUAGAAGUUGAGUCACUCAAGAGAGUGGGUUCUCAUCCCAAAGCGAGCAUUGCCUAUGAUCAUUAUUAUCUUUGAUAUCUCUUGUUGCUGCUACAAACUAGUGGAGCAAGUCCUCAAGGGUAGUAUCUAUGGUAAAAGUUCAACUAAUAUGUAUGUCUUCUAUUCAGGAGAUCUAUAUCUGUUAAAUAUUUUUUGAACAAAAAUAGUUCAUAGCACUUUCUCUUUAGUGGAAGUAAAUGUUUGGGAUUUGAUUUACUUUCUAGUUCAUUUGAAAUUGUUGUGCAAUAUUACACAUAUUGGUGAUGUAAGUGAGACUGUGUCCAAUUAUAUGUGUAUUAUAGACCUAAUUAGUCGGCUGAUCAGCCCUAGUUAGCCUGUGACACUUAUCUAAUAUUAGUCAGCCCAGUACUAGUUUAUAUAUAUGUGAAAGUUUGUGUUGGUGGAGAUGAGAUUUUUGUUGUUUUAUAGCCAUUUUUGGCUUUUUUGCUGAUCGUAAGGGUUUGUGCAAAAUAUGUCUUAACAAGACAAUGUGUUAAGCCUUAUAGAAAAAUAAAGUGCAAUAUAGUACUUUUUUACUAUAAAAGAUAGUUAGUUUUAUUUAUUGAAAGUGCAAUGUGCUGAGUGAAGGGUGGGAUUGAUUUUGGUCCUCCUUCGAAUAUUUAUUUACUUUAAUAUUUUUUUAAUGCUGAAAUGCAUUUUCUGUAAAACUUAUGUUUUCCACAAUCACCAUUGGUUAUGUGUUUGAAAUGCUUUGGGAUUUAUUAACUUCUUGCUUACACUUUUUUAAAUUAUAUUAAAGUUGGUUUAUCGGAAUGAAUAUACAUAACUGAUGGUGUAACAUUUUUUUUCUAUUUUUCAGAAGUAACACAAUACUACCGAAGUGUGUACUUUACAUAUUAUACUUACAUGUACUUUAGUUUAACAUAGACUGUACAUAUUAUUUAAUUUUCUUAUUUUGUUCAGAUCUCUAAUAAAUAUGUAAGUCUAAA